AUGGCUCCGUGGUUACUAUCGGCGGCUGUGACAUUGCUGCAGCUCCUGCCCGACACAACGGUUGCUCAAGAUGUAGCUUCGCCAUUCACAAAGGCUUCCAAUGAUUCGCUUCUUUGGGGCCCGUACCGUCCAAACUUGUACUUUGGCGUGAGACCAAGAUUGCCAAAGAGUGUUCUUACUGGACUUCUAUGGGCCAAAGUCGAGGAUUUUGCUUCUGUGCAGAACAACUUCCGAUACACAUGCGAGCAACACGAGGGCAUGGCUGGCUAUGGUUGGGAUGCCUACGACCCGAGAACUGGUGGUUCGCAGACCAUUCACGAUGCUGGAAACCAGAUUGACGUUACAACCGACUUUGUCAAGUUCCCUGAACAUGGCUCUAAUGGAGGUUCUUGGGGUGCGAGGAUCAGAGGUGUACCAAGAGAAGGCGCUCCAGAGGAUCUCAAGACAACCAUGGUCUUCAACAUCGGUGUCGAGGGACUGGGAAGCUUGGUGGUCGAGAAUGCUGAAGAGGACGAGAACGAGAGUGGCUUUGACGGAGAAGUCGUGAUUGCUGGAGAGACUCCCGAGUUGGGCACCUUCACCGUCACGAUUAUUGACCGCAAGGGAGAGAAGCCUAGCCAUGUCCAUCCCUCGUUCCAGGAGAAGCCUAUCGACAAGACUCUGGUGCACAGUGUGCAGAUUCCAGAAGCUGCUUUGUGGCAGGCCAAGCGUAAGUUGCGUUUCUCGUACCACCUUGUCUCGACACUGACAUAUGAACAGCCNGUCCUGUUCUCCUCCAUGAAGACGACCCUUGACAAGUACAUCGAAGUCUACACAGCCGAAGCAAUGCCUCCUCCAAUGCAAGCUUUCACCAUCCCCAAUGCGCCCGGUGCUGGUAACAUGCACUUCGUGCAGAAAGUCUUCGAAGGCGCAUUCGAGUUCGAUGUCAUCUUCUCGUCCGGUUCCGGCUCCAAGCCCAUCAAGUCGGCCGACCUGUCAGAGAAGAUCGAGACCACCAUCAAAUCCUUCUCCGAACGUUUCAUCCAGUCCUUCAAGCCCCAGCAACCCUUCAACGACAAGAAGUACAUUGGCCUGGCCAAGUCGCUCUUCUCAAACUUGAUUGGCGGUAUUGGAUACUUCCACGGCGACUCGGUUGUCGACCGCUCGUACGCACCAGAGUAUGAAGAGGAAAAUGAAGGCUUCUGGCAAGAGACGGCCGAAGCAAGAGCAAGGAAUCAACAAAAGCUGGAGGGUCCAUACGAGCUCUUCACUGGCACCCCUUCGAGACCCUUUUUCCCUCGUGGCUUCCUUUGGGACGAGGGAUUCCACUUACUUCCCAUUAUUGAUUGGGAUGUGGAUCUCACUCUGCAGAUCAUCAAGAGUUGGUUCAAUCUGAUGGACGAUGAUGGUUGGAUCGGUCGUGAACAGAUUCUUGGACCCGAGGCUCGCAGCAAGGUCCCUCAAGAGUUCCAGACUCAAUACCCUCACUACGCCAACCCUCCCACUCUCUUCUUUGUCAUCCACUCUUUCCUCGACAAGAUCGCUGCUGCAAAGUCUGGCCAACAGGUGCUUGGCUCGGAGAAUGCUAACGGUGUUCUCGCCAAUCCUGAAGCCGCUCUGCAGUAUCUCCGCGAUCUCUAUCCUCUACUCAAGAAACACUUUGAGUGGUUCCGUAAGACUCAAGCUGGCGACCUCAAGUCCUAUGACCGUCCUGCUUUCUCCAAGAAGGAAGGCUACCGCUGGAGAGGAAGCACAAAGACUCAUCUUUUGACCUCUGGUCUCGAUGAUUAUCCUCGCCCUCAACCUCCUCACCCUGGUGAGUUGCACGUUGAUCUGAUGUCAUGGAUGGGUAUGAUGACCCGCGCCAUGAAGAGGAUCGCGACUACUCUUACCGAGACCGACGACGCAUCGACCUAUGCCAAGAUUGAGAACGCCAUCAUCCGUAAUCUCGACGAUCUGCACUGGUCUGCUGACGAGCAAGCAUACUGCGAUGCCACAGUGGAUGAAUAUGAAGAGCACGCUCUCGUUUGUCACAAGGGUUACAUUUCACUCUCACCAUUCUUCGCCGGUUUGAUGGCACCAGAUCACCCUCACUUGGGCGAGGUCCUCGACCUCAUCAGUUCACCCGAACAUCUUUGGUCACCCCAUGGUAUCCGCUCUCUGUCACAACAAGACGAGCUUUACGGCACGGAAGAGAACUACUGGCGCUCGCCCGUGUGGCUCCCCAUCAACUACCUCGUCGUCAAGGAACUUCUCAACACGGCAUCCGCCUCUGGACCCCACCAAAAGCGUGCGGCCAAAAUGUAUACCGAGCUCCGCAAGAACCUUGUGGAUACAGUGUUCAAGUCUUGGGAGAAGACUGGCUUUGCUUGGGAGCAAUACAACCCAGAGAGUGGAGAGGGACAGCGCACCCAGCACUUCACUGGCUGGACUAGUUUGGUCGUCAAGAUUAUGGCUAUGCCUGAGGUGCCUGAGGUCAAGGGUGGAAGCGGACACGAUGAGUUGUAG